GACGUGUGCAGUCCGCCGCCUGUUGGUCUUUCUCAGUUGGUGACGAGUAUUAUGAAAAUGGCCUCGACCCUGAGCACCAAGAACCGGAGAAGAUGACGGUGUUUCGCGUUUUAAGUGAACUCAACACCGCCUUGCCUUCACUGAAGACGUAGAGGAGAUCAAAGAGAACGGAGAUACAGGUCUGUUGGCAGAGGAAAGAAGAGGGCACCUCGGAGCGCCGCAUAUUUUCGGUAGGUUGAGGGAAGCCACUAUGGAGGAUAUCAACUCAAAUAUCAACGCGGACUUGGAGGUGCGGAAGCUCCAGGACUUGGUGAAGAAACUCGAACAGCAAAAUGAGCAGCUCCGGAGCAGGUCCACGAUAUUGUCUUCAUCCGGAGGGAUGUCAGGGGGCCACAGACCGCUGAGUGCUGGCUACGACUCGACCCUGUCAGCUGGGCUGGCCGGCUACACUGGGGUGGGGUUCGGCGGACUGGUGGAGAACAGCCGCUGCUUGAGCCCCAGACUGUCAUACGACGGCAUCAGCUUUAGGAGAGCGUACGACAGUGAAGGGGCCACCGGGGCAGCUUCUCUGUCCAGCAGGAACUCACUGUAUUCAGAGACAACGGGAGGGUUCAAUGAUGAAGGCGAAACAUCAAUCUUGGAUGAAGUAGACAUCUUAGACUUGGAGGACAUGGACUGUCUGCACGAGGACGAGGACAGCUGGUUAUAUGAAGCCAAAUUGAAUAGCCCCUUACAGAAGGCCUUGAGUCCCAUCGUGUGGUGUCGACAGGCUCUGGACAACCCCAGUCCUGAGAUGGAGUCGGCCAAACGCUCCCUCAUCCACAGACUGGACCUCUCCAUGUCAGCCCUGAAGCGCAGGAGCUUGUAUGGCAGUCCAUACAGUCAGGUGGGCUAUGGGAGUCCGUAUGGCUCAAACACAGCUAACAGUCCGUACAGCAGUGGCUUCAACUCGCCCUCGUCCACGCCCGCCAGAGUCCCCAUCGUGAGACAGCAGCUCCUGCCCCACAAAUACAGGCAUAUUUACCAGCGUAACUCGUCAGCGGACAGGAACCCUCCAGCCGUGAGCCCACAGUCGUCUGUGGACAGUGAGCUGAGCACGUCGGAGAUGGACGAGGACUCUGUGGGCUCCUCCAACACGUACAAACUCAACGACGUCACCGAUGUGCAGAUACUCGCCCGCAUGCAGGAGGAGAGUGAGUACUGCAGCCUGCUUGCAAUGCCAUAA